AUGAACUCACGAUCCUCUUUCAUCUCCCUGCCUGCUCGCCGCAAGCAGCAUCGCCCGAGUGUCACGUCGAGGCUCUCGGUUGCGAUAUCAAACGCGGAGCACGGCGAGGCUGCGGUAGCGCCGACGAAUGCGGAACACCAGAUUGAUGAGGAGAUAGAGAAGAUUAAGAGAUAUGAGGAUUUUACGACAAUAGACUGGGUUCAAGACGCAGCGAAGGAGCAACUACGGCGCAAAAUCCGCAGGAAAGAGACAGCUGGAUUCUUCGAGAGAGGAGGACAUGCGGGAUGGCGAUACAAGCUUGGGGAAUCAUAUGAAGCGGCGCAAGGGUGGAUAGUGGUCACUCUGAUCGGUGCGGCUAUUGGAAUGAAUGCGGCGUUUCUCAACAUUAUUACGGAAUGGCUUUCGGAUGUGAAGCUGGGGUAUUGCAAGACGGGUUUCUACUUGAACGAGAGCUUUUGCUGUUGGGGGGAAGAUAAUGGAUGUGAUGAUUGGCAAAGAUGGAGCUCUUUGGCCCCUGUCAACUAUGUUCUUUAUAUUAUGUUUGCUACUAUGUUUGCUCUAACGUCAGCGAGCUUGGUCAGAUCAUUCGCGCCGUAUGCUGCAGGGUCAGGAAUUUCUGAGAUCAAAUGCAUCAUAGCCGGAUUCGUCAUGAAAGGGUUUCUCGGAUUCUGGACAUUGGUCAUAAAAUCGGUUGCACUGCCUCUUGCUAUUGCCUCUGGUCUUUCGGUUGGUAAAGAAGGGCCAAGUGUGCAUUACGCUGUCUGUACCGGCAACGUUAUAUCCAGGCUAUUCGAGAAGUAUAAGAGGAAUGCGUCAAAAACGCGGGAGAUUCUCAGUGCCUGUGCCGCUGCCGGUGUCGCUGUAGCUUUCGGAAGUCCCAUCGGAGGUGUAUUAUUCUCGCUCGAGGAGAUGUCAUCUUACUUCCCUUUAAAGACUAUGUGGAGGAGUUAUUUCUGCGCCCUAGUCGCUACGGCUGUGUUGUCAGCUAUGAAUCCCUUCAGAACGGGUCAGCUUGUCAUGUUCCAAGUCCACUACGAUCGGUCGUGGCACUUUUUUGAGGUUGUAUUCUACAUUAUCAUUGGAAUCUUUGGAGGUGUGUACGGUGCAUUCGUUAUCAAGUGGAACUUGAGGGCGCAGGCUUUUCGAAAGAAGUAUCUCACCAAAUACGCUAUCCUGGAAGCAACGCUUCUGGCGACCAUGACCGCCAUAAUUUGUUACCCAAACAUGUUCCUCCGGAUUGAUAUGACAGAGAGUAUGGAGAUCCUCUUCUUGGAGUGUGAGGGGGCUGAAGAUUACAAUGGGCUUUGCGAUAGAGAGAACAGAUGGCGCAUGGUCGCUUCUCUCACGAUAGCUACGAUCCUGCGGAUCUUCCUAGUCAUCAUAUCUUACGGGUGUAAGGUUCCGGCCGGUAUCUUUGUACCUUCUAUGGCUAUCGGGGCGUCAUUCGGGAGAACAAUCGGAAUAUUGGUGCAGGCACUACACGAAGCUUAUCCGACAUCUGUACUUUUCUCAGCUUGCGAACCGGACGUUCCCUGCAUUACACCAGGAACAUACGCCUUUCUUGGAGCAGCGUCAGCUCUGAGCGGUAUCAUGCACAUCACUGUAUCAGUGGUAGUCAUCAUGUUUGAGCUCACUGGAGCCCUGACCUACAUCUUGCCCACGAUGGUUGUAGUGGGCGUUACCAAAGCAGUCAGCGAAAUGUUUGGAAAAGGGGGGGUUGCCGACAGGAUGAUCUAUUUUAGUGGCUUCCCAUUCCUAGACAACAAAGAAGACCACACCUUUGGUGUCCCCGUAUCGCAGGUCAUGACCAGCGAUGUCAUUGCCUUGCCCACUACAGGUCUCGGCAUGAAGAACCUCGAAAAACUUCUUCGCGAAGACAAGUAUCAAGGCUUCCCUAUCGUGGAAGACGGGGCAUCAAAGAUACUUGUAGGGUACAUCGGACGAACCGAAUUGCGUUAUGCGAUUGACCGCGUCAAGAGAGACCGUUCGAUCAGUCCAAUGGCGAAAUGCUAUUUCAGCGUACCAUCAUCUGGGGAUUCCUAUACACCUGUAACUUCGGCAGUCUCAGGCCCCCCGCCUACGAAUUUUGACGCAAUGGCAUCCUCGUCUGUCGACUUCAGCCGCUUCAUAGACCCAACGCCCGUCACCGUCCACCCACGCCUACCGCUCGAGACAGUAAUGGAGGUUUUCCGCAAGAUUGGCCCUCGAGUCAUCCUCAUCGAAUACCACGGCAAGCUCGCUGGUCUCGUGACAGUUAAAGACUGCUUGAAAUACCAGUUUAAAGUUGAGGCGAGCGAGAACCCGAGAGAUGAUAGACAUCUGGUCGAAAGCCAGGAAAAGCUUUGGGGUGUGUUAAAGAAAGGAGCGAUCUGGGUGUCGGAUCAGGUGAACUAUGUGUCGAGAGGAAGAAUCAGGAUAGGGGGCUCGGUAGAUUUAGCGAGGUCGCCGCCCAGUGGCCCGUCGUAUGUGAUGGAUGGGACGGAGGAGGAUAGGGAUAUUGACGAAGGCGUGGAAUUAGAAGACCGGUAG